CGGUCACAAAAGUAGAGCGGACGCAAGUAAAUCUUGAUGGUAAGCCAGGAGGUGAAGCUUUUGGGAUUUUGGGCGAGCCCAUUUUCCAACAGGGUUGAAUGGGCUCUAAAGCUCAAGGGUGUUGAUUACGAGUAUAUUGAAGAAGAUAUCUUCAACAAGAGCUCUCGUCUUCUGGAACUGAACCCUGUUCAUAAAAGGGUUCCAGUCCUGGUUCAUGACGGUAAGGUGAUGGCUGAGUCGUUCAUUCUUCUUGAAUACAUCGACGAGACCUGGAAGCAAGACCAGUUAUUGCUGCCUCAAGAUCCUUAUGAAAGAUCCAAAGCGCGAUUCUGGGCUAGAGUUGCAGAAGAAAAGCUGCUGGAGUAUUCAUUUGGUGCUAUGAUCUCCCACGGAGAGAAUAAAGAAAAGGCACUGAAAUCAGCCAUAGAGGUGGCGGAGAAGAUAGAGGAAGAGAUGAAAGGGAAUAACAAGAAGUUUUUGGGAGGGGAGAGCAUUGGGUAUUUGGACCUUGCACUGGGAUGGAUAGCUCACUGGCUGCCUAUUUGGGAGGAAGUUGGAUCUAUGCAGAUUGUGGACCCUUCACAAUUUCCUGCCACCACUGCCUGGUCGAAGAGGUUUCUGGAUCACCCAGUGAUCAAGCAAAACUUACCACCUAGAGACAAAAUGCUUGUUUAUUUUCACGAGCGCAAGAAAAUCUUAGGUGGUUCAGGGUAGUUUCGCAGUGUUUAUUUGAUCAGUACGUGUGCGCCUUGUCGUACCUUUUAAAGUUUCUAAUAUAAAUAUUGUAAUUUCAAUAAUGUCACGUACUGUACAAGCUUCUUCUGUAUUAUCAACUAUUCCUAGUAAGUAUUGAUCAAUAAAUUUGAGUACUGUGCCCCUUUUUU